AUGCAACGAUGCUUGUUUAUCGUGGAGAGAAAGAAUCGGCAGUGUCGAAUGUUAGUAAAAAGUGGUCACAAGUACUGUGGAGAACAUGCCAUAUAUGAUGAUUUGAAUGAAGAGCGUGUUAUUUGUCCGAAGGAUCCGAAACAUACAGUCAGAAAAUCUCAACUACAAAAGCAUUUGUCAUUUCGGUGCAAUAGCCGUCUUCCUAAUGAUCCUUGGAUCGUCGAAAAUUGCAAUUUGAGGAAUUUUUCAAAUGAAGCUGAACUGCGGUGUCGCCCUACAAAUAAUGAAUUACUGGAAAUGAAAAAUAUUGUUGAAGAUAUAUAUGAUCAAAUAGCUAAUUAUAUUAAGGAUUCAUUCUUAAAAAAUGAUUAUGUGGAAAAGUGUGCUGCGUAUUGUUCGAAAUUAAAAGAAAAGCAUAUCCGGCAGGUAUCAUCUAUAAUAGAACACCUGUCAAUAUCGACUUUGCUACAUAAUGAUAAUCGCUGGUGUGUAAUUGAUUUUGGUGCUGGUAAAGCACAGCUUUCAUAUUGGAUGGUCAGAAUUGCUCCAAAAUGUCGGUUUUUGCUGAUUGACAAAAUGGGUUCUAGAAAUAAAUUUGAUAAUAAAAUUCACAAAGAAUUGGAUGGAGUAUCGAUUGAACGUUUACGUUGUUCAGUAGAACAUCUUGAUUUAGCCAAAACUAUAGUAAUUCAGGAAGUGAGUAAUAUAGUAGCGGUUUGUAAGCAUCUUUGUGGUGCUGCUACGGAUUCUGGAAUAGAGUGUUUGGUAAAUGGAGUGAAAAAUGGUUUGAAUAUAGAGGGUUUUGUUUUAGCACCGUGUUGUCAUCACAAAACCACAUUUAAAGAGUAUAUUGGUCAUUCUUUUCUGCAAUCGUGUGGUAUUCGUAGCUCUAAAGAAUUUGCAACUUUACGUCACAUGUCGACAUGGGCCGUUUGCGGUUUUCCUCAGGCAAUUUUUGUCUGUUACAGUAGUAUUAAAAAUGUUGGUAUUCAUGUGCUCCCCACAACUCAGUUGCUGGAAUCGAAUAAAUUUCCUCAACAUGAUAUUCUUCCAUUCAGUUCAACGGAAAAGGAACUUCUUGGUCAGAAAGCUAAAUCAGUUUUGGAAUUUGGUCGAGUUGUUGAACUCCAAAAAUAUGGCUAUGACGUGUCUUUACAUCGAUACAUAGACAGCAAUAUUUCGCCUGAAAAUUUAUUGAUUGUUGGCCGUUCUGGUUUAAACUCGGUUUCCGGCCCUGAAACAUCGGAGGAACAAAAGAAGCGGUUCGAAAUCGAGUGUGAAUUUGUUCAGGCAUUAGCUAAUCCCCAUUACUUAAAUUUUUUGGCACAGCGAGGGUAUUUUAAAGAAACAUAUUUCAUCAACUAUUUGAAAUAUCUUCUAUACUGGAAAAGACCCGAAUAUGCAAAAGCUUUAAAAUAUCCGCAGUGUUUACAUUUCUUAGAAGCAGUGCAAAGUGCGGAAUUUCGUGAAGCGAUUACUUGUACGGCAAAUGCAAAAUUUAUCGAGGAACAACAGUUGUUACAGUGGCAGUAUUAUACUCGAAAACGACAGCGAUUGCAUAUGUAUACAACAGAACGUGAAGAUGAUGAAGAGUGGAAGCAGCAACAGCAAAAAGUUCCAACUACAUCUUCCUGA